GCGGUAUCAACGCGAGGACAGUGCUAGGAGCCAGUUAGUAGGGCGCACGAGUGCAGAACGUUGACCCACUGUCCUCAUUGGUCGCUUUUUGUCCCUGUUUAUCUUUUGUCAAAUUCCAAAGGUUCUCUGUGUUGUGCCUAUCGGAGUAUAUCUGCUGUUGUUACCUUCAAGAGCAACAAUGUCACGUUGGGAAGGAUAUGAAGAAGGAUGUAAGUUGUGUGUGUCUGUUCAUACAGUAGACAUUGUACUUUAAAUAUGUAACCGGUUCUGUACUGCACCGCUGUAGCUCUGCGUUGUGUGUGAUUGACUGAGGCUAAAGACGUUGACUUCGGAGAUCAGGUUGUUUUAAUGUAUUACAGUUCUCUCUCCUGCAUCCAAAAGAAAAUACACAACAUUUGUAGAGCACAACUAUGUACUGCCAAUCGUCGCGUCUCUCGUAGACGCUCCCCUAUUCCCUAGGAUGCAGGGCGUGCAUAAUAACAAAUCAACAUGCUAUAUUAACAUAUGAACCUGGUGAAAUUCACAAAGUAUUUUAACAACUGUUACAAAUACAUAAUAAUGUCUGCAAGUAGCCUAGUUCCUCUUUUUUUCAUAACCAACUCUCUUCAUUUCUAAACUUUGCCAAUCCAUUUGCCAUUAUUACUAUAAAAUAAAGCACAGUUUCUCAAUAUCUUAUAUCUAAAUAUCGAUUAUAAAUACCUUAGUUCACUGCUCACAUCACCUGUUGAAACAACAACAAAAGUAAAAAAAAAAAACCUGUAUGUUGACUUCUAUUAUAAAUCAAAUGUUCCGGAUGAUUACCGCCUGAGGGCGCUGUUGGACUGCGCUUGCGCCCCCGCUGUCUGCCUGAUCUUUAUGAGCUAAUGUUCGUAUGGCCGCCCCGAUUCACAACACACUUCUGUGCUGUUGCUUUGACAGGAGCUCGAGAGGCAGUUUUCGCCCAGCCAGUGGUCGCACAGAAUGUCGGCAGACGACGUUAUCAAAGCCCACGUGACGGCGCUCAAAGAAGGUCUGUCGAUGAUUGAUUAACUAGCCGAUAAAGUUGAUUAUUGACAAGCGUGUGGGUUCAGGAAAGAGCAGUAGCCAACUGAACGCUGUAGGGAUCUUCUUUAGUCUAGCCAUGACAUAUGGGUGGUGCCCGCAGUCCGAAUAAUGAAAUGAAUGAUUGGAAAGUAGCCAACUGUGUGUUGUUGGUUUGAUUUAUAUUGUUGUUGUGCACCGUAUAGCUAGCUAGGCUUUCUGUAUCAGUAGUUACACUACAGUUUAGUCAAAAUAUAUAUUUUUUGCAACGUAAACAUAAAGGGUUUGUGUCUCCAGUUCAGAAUUGUCUCGAGUCAUUUUCCUAUGUGUUUUUUAUUCUAACUGUGUGUGUGUCUCCGUGUGCAUGUUUUUGGUGUGUGUGUAGGUACGGAGCGUGCCCGUGGCCUGGCCCAGACCCUGCUGAACGUUCCCUAUGGAGAAGGAGAGGGGGAGAAACUAGACGUCUAUGUUCCCACCACCACUUCUCUAGGUGUGUCUGUGUGGAAAGCACGCGCGUGUGUGUGUAGAAUGAUGGCAAAAAUGGUACAAACCGUCAUUCUGUUACCAAACUUUGCAUCUGCACUGUUCUUCAAGUAUUUUUCCUAUAAUUUUCAGUGGAAAUGGUUAAAAGUAGUCCUUGUGCAUAAAGUUAUGGUUUGUUUAACUUAGAUUUUUGUUUGACAUACAUGUUAAAAUAAAAUAAUCUGUGUCCGCAUCAUUCUAUUACUGUGUAAUUGCCCAUAACCAAUGUUUUCUUUCUUCUUAUAGAUGUCCCACUGGUAAUCUACCUCCAUGGAGGCUACUGGCAGUUCCUUAGGUAUCUAUCUAUCUAUCUAAUCUAUCUAUCUAAUCUAUCUGAUUCUAACAGAGGCAUUUGUCUCUCUGGUCAUUAAUGGCUGUGAUUUCGGGGAAUUAAUAACCAUUCUACAUAUUCUAUUUCACUGGCCUUUUCUCAUUUGCAAAAAAAUCCAUCCUCUCUCCUCCAUCCUCUCUGGUCGAGGAGAGUGUCAAUUUUUUAGUAGGCGAAACGGAAGUGUCCUCCCCUCCUCGAUAGCCACCUUUCAUCGAGGAUAGUCAUGUGUAUCCUACUGAGUCCUUCAUGGAAGAGUUUUGAUGUCUGCCACAUCCCCUUUGAAGCAGUUGUUUUCUCAAAGGAGAAAAGCAAGCAAACAUCUGAUAAAGAUAAUGCUACUUAUCCUUUUAUCUAUAAAAUGUCUUCCACAACUAGCAACAUGUGUUUUUAUCACUUUACACAUUUAUUUUGGGAUUCCACCCUUGUAAAUGUAAUUUGCCUGAUGAGGCAUGAGUGGAGAGGAGUGUAAUUUCAUGCAAGCGCAUCUUUCUCCGUUACUUCUCCUCACCGCCUCUCCUCGAUUACCGUUGACCUUUUUCAAAAGGAGGCGUGAGAGAGAACGCAGGAGAGAGGACGCAGGAGUUGAGCAAAUCCAAUUGAGAAAAGGCCUAUGUUUCUACUUCCUAGUAAGGAUGAGUCAGGGUUUAUGGCCGUCCCUUUGGUCCAUAAGGGCGUCGUGGUGGUCGCCGUGGGCUACGACAUCGCUCCCAAAGGUACCGUUGGUGUGUCCCUGGUUUGUGAUGUCAUAGCAACAUUGUAACCAUGUGUCUAGGAGAAAUGAUGACUGCGUCCCAAAUGACUCCCUGUUAUCUAUAACGACCACUUUGGUAGACUGCAGCUGGGGUCUUCAGAGCAGCAGCCUGUUGGUCGAUAGUAGCUUUUGCCCCAUGGGCCCUGGGGGGGAAAAUAGUGCACUGUAGAGAAUAGGAUGCCAUUUGGGACUCAGCACAUCUCUGUGCCCUUUUUACACAUUCUCUCCAUCUGUCCCUCGUUUGUUCCUGUUUUUUCUUAUUUUCCUCCUCUCUUCCCCCUGUUUUCCAUCCAGGGAACAUGGACGUGAUGGUGUCUCAGGUGCGGAGGAGUGUGGUGUCCGUCAUUCAACAGUAUUCACACAUUAGGUGCGCCCUCUUCAUCAGUCUCAAUCUCGGAUCUGUACUUACUAAAGGCAGUCUUAAUGAUAUAGAAGCAUGUUUUAAAUCAACUUCCAUAGUCCUCCAAGAGUGGCUGAAUAUAAUCUUAUCUUCUGACUAAAGGAGAUGGUAACGAAUAUGUCAUGAUUUGAUAUCAUGAAUGUCUAGGCUUGGGGUUGGUUUCUGACUGGCAAUUUUUUCUCUCUCUCUCUCUCUCUCUCUCUCUCUCUCUUUCUCUUCUAUCUCUCUGUUCUCUCCUCUCUUCUCUGUCUCUCUGUCUUGUCUCAUGUAUCUAUCUGUUCUAUAUCUCUAUCUCUCUAUCUGCUCUAUCUCGUCUCUGUUUCUCUCUUUGUUUCUCUCUCUUGUCUCUCGAUUCUCUGCUAUAUUUGUAUCUCUCUAGCUAUCUCUCUCUCUAUAUCUCUCGUCUGCGCUCUUAGCGCUCUCUCUAUCGUAUCGAGAGUCUAGCUGCUCUCUAUUCUGCCCUCUCUCUAUAACUCUCUUCUAUGUCUAUAUGUCUAUCUAUCUCAUACUCUCUCUUCUCUCUAUUCCGUCUUAGUGCUCUCGUCUCUUCUGUUCUCUCUAUCUGCUCUAUCUAUUCUAUUCUCGUCUGUCUAUCUAUUAUCCUCUUCUCCGUCUCGUCGUCUAUAUCUCUCUCUCUCUUCUCUCUCUCUCUCUCUCUCACUAUCUCUCUCUCUCUCUCUCUCCCCAGUGGUCUGUACCUGUGUGGCCACUCUGCGGGGGCCCACCUGGCUGCUAUGAUCCUCUCUACAGACUGGUCUCAGUACAAUGUGACCCCUCAGAUCAGAGGUUAGAGGUCAGGGUAUCAGCAGAGACGUGAGCUCAGUAAUCUUUCUCAAUAGUCACAGAAAGACCAUUGGGAAAGAGCCAUGCUUUUUGUUGAUCCUUAUUUUGAAUGAUUGACAAUCUUCUCUCCCUCCUAUCUCCUUAUGCAUACAUUGUCUGUCUAUCUGUCUCUCUUCUCUCUCUCUCAGGUGCGUUCCUGGUCAGUGGUAUAUAUGACCUUCUGCCCAUCCUGUCCACCUAUGUCAAUGAGCCUCUGAAGAUGACAGAGUACGUACCACACAAACACACACCCCCACACCCACCCCUGAAGAUGACAGGGUAUGUACCACUGAAUGCUCAACCUUAUCUACUAAUGGUCAUCUAAGGUCAGUAAUGGUGUUUAUCAAUGGCCUAAUUAUUUGUGUGUGUCUGGCAUUGUGUAUGUGACAGAGUGAGGAAGAUUCAAUGAAUCCUAUUUUUAGAGAGAGCUGUAGUCUGUGUGUUUGCUCUGUGUGUGUCCAGUAGCAGUCAGUGCCAUCACCAGAGGCUCCUCUCUCUCUCUCUCGCCUCAUUUCUUCUCUUUCUCUUUGUCUCUGUCUCUCUCUCUCGUCACAGAGAGGUGGCUCUGAGGAACAGUCCUAGUCAGCUGGUUCCGCAGCUCAAACUCUCCUCCUCCAACUGUGACAUCGUGGUUGCCAUGGCGCAGACCGACUCGCCAGAGUUCCGGAAGCAGUCUGAGGACUACUACAAAGUCAGUACAGACUGAACACAUAGAACUAGAACGCUGAAACUUAGAAUUUGAGAAGUAGAACACAGAAUCAGAGCUGGUAAAUAGAAUACGUCCGAGUUCCAUGGAUGGAAGAACAGACAUUAUCUGGAACAGUUUUAGGGCCUAGAAAAUGAAAUAUUUUUCAACAUCUUACUGUCCCUUCUUUUUCUCUUUUGUUCUUCCUUCCUUUCUCUACCUCCUCUCUCCCUUCCUCUUCCUCUCUCCCUCCUCCUUUCCUCCUCCCCUCUUGCAGGCUCUGGAGUCAACAGGAGGACUGAAGGUAACAUUGGAGGACGUUCCAAACACCGAUCACUUCAACAUCAUCGAGCAGCUAGUCGACGGAGACUACCACCUCACUCAGGUAGUUACCCCCAUCCCUACCUCUUUUGACGCCGGCCGCUUCUCGAAGCGAUCCUCCUUCUGCCUCGCACAGCCCUGCCUAUCUAUCGACCACUCACCCUCAUAGAGCCCGGCCUCGUCAGACUCAUACUAUCCGCCUCUUCCUCCAUCAUCCCUUCCGUCUCCUCCUAUCUACCCUCCUUCUUCCCAAUCUAUCCCUUCCUUCUUCCUCCUCAUCUAUCCCUUCCUUCUUCCUCCUCAUCUAUCCCUUCCUUCUUCCUCCUCAUCUAUCCCUUCCUUCUUCUUCUUCUCGCUCUCUUUUUCUCUCCCCCGUCCCUAUCCCUCUUUCCAAGUCAACCGUUGAAAUUAAAUGAAAAAAGUAAUUUUUAUUCAUUAGCUAUUUCAUCCAGACCUUAGUGUGGUGUAGUUUUUUUGAGUCACUCUCCUUGAACUAAUUAUCAUUACUCAUCAUGAGUAGCAGUUUGUCUGUCUCAAAGGUUAAGAUGAACUUGACCUCUGUGACCUUUGUGUCUUUAUGCUUCUACCUCUUCCUUGUACAGCUGCUGUUAAAGAUGAUGGGGAAGAGCUAAAGAGAUACAGGGACACCGGCCAGUCAUU